AUGGAUACUACGACCCCUUCGCCACAUUGGGGAAAGUUCCGCUACCUGACCCGGGGGGUCAAGCCAGCUCCAACAAAAGAAGCGUAUCUACUUCCACCUCUGUCCGAGUUUGGUGACGUCGUUAGAUUACCCCUCACCGACAUGAAGCCCUCUUUAGAUCUGGGAGACGAGUCCCCAUACAAGCUCUCAGUCCAUGGAUUCACCGCUCGCCGACACCACUCCGCCCUGCAUGCAGCUCCAUACGACCGUAGUAGCUGGAACAAUGAGCGUCUGCUGCGUGAGAUCUACUUCCCCGAAGUACAAGAACUGGUUAAGAAGGUUACGGGAUGUAAGAAGGUGGUGAUAUCUGCCGCAGUGCUACGCAACGAAUUAUACAAAGAAAGCGAUGCAGCAGUGGCGGCAGCACACCCAGAAGAAAACGGACAAACCCUAACCAACAAUCCCGAAGCGAAACUAUUUCCCCCAAUUGUCGGCAACUCAAGGGCAGAUCCUAUCUGUCCUGCCCCGAAAGUGCACCUUGACCUGACCCCAAAGGGUGCCAGGCUCCACAUUCGCAAGUACCAUCGCGAGGUGACGUCCGCGGCCGAGCGGGUAAUCGAAGCGGAGAACCGGUUGCUGGAAUCUGGCGUGCAAUGGGAUGACCUCAAGGACUUUUAUGCAGGGAAGGAGGGCGGCGAUGAGGGGGUGCCUAGAUUCGCGCUUUUCUCUAUUUGGCGGCCCUUGAAAACCGUCCAUCGCGACCCCCUGGCUUUGGCUUCCUGUGCUUCUUUUCCUCAAUCGGAUUACGUGCCGGCGGACCAGUUGGAGCCCUUGGAUAUGCAGAUUCCAGCUCAUCUGUCGCGGAUUAUUGGGCCUAAUGGCCAAGAUGUUUCAUCCAACGCGGAUAAUGGAACUUAUCAAACGCAGGGCUAUCUGGCCUAUGCGCCACGGGAUAAAGAGCAAAAGGCGCAUGGCUGGCACUUCAUUUCAGAGCAACAGCCUUCUGAUGUCUUGAUAAUUCAACUUUUUGACAACGAGAUGGAGGCGCAUGCAAGAGCACCACAGGAAGGGGCCAAUAAGAGGUCUAAUUUGGGAGUCGGGGGAGCCAUCCAUAGUGCCUUCGAGUUGGACGGUCAGGAUAUACAUUCUGAAGCUCGGGAAAGUAUUGAAGUCAGAUGUACAGCGGUUUGGUAA